AUGGCAGGCCUAGCAAUAAAACCCAAAGAGUCGAAAGCGAUUGAGCUCACCCGCUGGCUCCUGACUCCCCUCGGUGUCUGGUCGCUGAUCAAGAAAACCCCAUCAACUAGGGACACACUCUCCGCAAUCACUCUACAAUUUUUCUGUUACAGCGUCAUCCUAUUCGCCCUGAUUCCAUCAAUAUUCCACAUAGCGUUUCGCGAGAAGAAUUUAAACGCUAAAAUCGCGUUGUGCGGUCCCGUUGGCUUCUUCAUGAUGAACAUGCUGAAGUACUCCGCCAUUAUUCGUCACCGAAAGAGCAUUAAAAAGUGCAUUGAGAGUGUGGAAACCGAUUGGGAGAGGAUUGACAACGAUCAGGAGUGGAAUAUCAUGACGAAAAAUCUGCUGAUAGGAAGAAAAUUGACGAUUGUCUGCGCUUCAUUCAUCUACACAGGGGGAAUGUCGUAUCACACUGUGAUGCCGUUUCUCAUGGGAAGUCCCGCAUCGAGUGAACAUUUUGCGGACGAACGGCCCCUGGUUUUUCCGGGUUACGACGUGCUCUUCGAUCCCUUUAUCUCGCCUGUUUACGAGAUUGUUUAUUUUUCGCAUUGUCUAGCUGCUCUGAUAAUUUACACUAUCACCACGGUGUCUUGUAAUAUUGCCGCUAGUUUCGUGACCCACGCUAGUGGGCAAAUUGAAAUAAUUGUGGGGAAGCUCAAUGGGCUCGUUGGAGAUGGGUACGAGCAGGAUGAUAAAUGUCUGAGGGAGAAGAUGGGAGAUAUCGUUCGGGAUCAUGGGAGAGUGAUCAGAUUUACUGUAGAUAUUGAAAGGGUUCUGCGUGAUGUGUGCCUCGUGGAGGUUUUUGCGUCGACAAUAAUCAUUUGUCUGCUGGAAUACUACUGCCUGACGACGUGGAAUGAGAGCGAAACCAUCGGAAUAAUCACUUAUUUCUUGCUCCUGGUGUCCCUGAGCUUCAAUAUAUUCAUAUUUUGUUACAUCGGAGAGGUCUUGAAGGAACAGGUAGGCACCGCAGGAUAUUCCGCUUAUUUGAUUGACUGGCAUCGCCUGCCGCCGCCUGCCGCUAGUGGUUUGAUACUGAUCAUCGCGAAUGCACAGGUCCCGAGGAAACUCACGGCCGGCGGAAUGCUCGAACUGUCUCUGAGCAGUUUUCUCACCGUCAUGAAGACGUCAUUAGUGUACUUGAAUUUAUUACGAACCGCGGCGACUUCGUGAGAUGUAACGGAAGAGGAGUGAUCGAUUUUCACAUCUCGUAAAAUACCAGGGGAUGGGGGCAAAAUGGACACGAGAAUUUUUUUUCAAACGCUAAAAACUUGAUCGAUCUUUCGCUUAUAAUGGGCCCAGCCUGGCCUCAAUUGAUCACUUUAUUCCUGUUUUCAAAUUGCCUGGAGGCCAUGGAUACCGUUUAAAAAAUCUUGGUACUGAUUAAUUUCCUUUUUAAAAAAUCCAUUUGU